UCGACGUCGGCAUCUACUUCCCCGUUCACUUGGUCGGAUUUUCCUCUGUCGCCGAUCGACUUCCGACGCCGUAAGCAUCACCAGCUACGCCGGCGUUACAAAGAUUUGAUCUGCACUCGAAGAAGUCGAAGUUGAUGAACUCACGAAGCGUCCGCGUAGACGAUGAAGCGGCUUUGAUUGUCCGGAGGAAUCGAUCGCCGUUUACUCCUCAUCAGUCAUGCUACGAGCAGCAUCUUCUCCUGCGAGAGUCGCUGUUCGGGGAUUCUCCAAUCCUAUGAUUCGCCGGGAUUCUUUCGUCUGCUCUAGUUUCCUUGCUCAUCAUGUUUCAAAUACUUCAUCAUUGCCUAAAGAUCAUAUAUUUGUGAGGUCACGUGCUCACAUCAGAGAGAGCUGCAGGAUAGUGAGGCUUCUCCAAGAACGAAUUUUCCUUUCCCUUUCAGUACAUCCUCUCCCAAUGUGGAGAUUAAGUACACAUGAAGGUUGUGUCAUUGCUGACCAAUUGCUACAUGCUAGACAUGUAAGCACUGCAUCAUUCGAGUUGCAGACAGAUAAUGAUGUUGUCAGGUUUUCUAUAAAUAAGCCUCUGCACAAAAAUGGUCCCCCGACAAAAGUGAAGAAAAGGAUAAAAAAAUCAAAAAAGGCAAAAGUGAACGAACUCAGGUUCUAUCGGCUAAAGGCCAAGAAGAAGAUGAACUCUCCAAAUCCUGAAGUCAGGAUCAGAUAUAAACUUGAAAAGGCCAAGAGAAAGGAAGAAUGGUUGAUUGAAAAGUUGAGGAAGUUCGAGGUUCCCAAAGCACCAGCUGAAAGAUAUGAUCCUGAGAUUUUAACUGAGGAAGAGAAGCAUUACUUGAAGCGUACGGGUGAGAAAAAGAAAAAUUAUGUUCCCGUUGGAAGACGCGGAGUAUUUGGAGGUGUAGUUCUAAACAUGCAUCUACAUUGGAAAAAGCAUGAAACUGUAAAGGUUAUAUGCAAACCUUGUAGGCCAGGUCAGGUUCAUGAAUAUGCUGAUGAACUUGCACGACUGAGCAAAGGAAUUGUGAUUGACAUAAGGCCUGAUAAUACAAUAAUCUUCUACCGAGGAAAGAACUAUGUGCAGCCAAAGGUUAUGUCACCUCCAGAUACUCUUUCUAAAGACAAGGCCUUGGAAAAGUAUAAGUUUGAGCAAUCGCUUGAGCACACAAGUCAGUUCAUUGAGAGGUUGGAGAAAGAGCUCGAAGAGUAUCAUGAUCACAUAGCUAGGUUCAAGAAAGAGAAAGAGGGUGCUCUCGUCCAUUCUGGGGCUCAAACUUGAUGCAUAUGACAUGGAGAUCUAUUCUACUAAGUGCCUGAGGUUGUUUCAUGUAUGCUUCCACAGAGGGCAAGUUUCUUGGCGGUUUCAGCUCCCGGGUUGGGCUGUUAUGGAAGCACUUUACUGUUCUGAACUGGUCAAUGUGAACUUCCAUAGUCCAUAUCAUCUGCAGUUUUGAUUUUAUGAGAAGAAGAUAUGAGUAAAGCUAGUCUGCUGCCUUUUAAUCAGUGAAGGAAGGGAUGGGGAGAGAGGGAGGGAGAGAGAGGCAGAGAGACAGAAGUUUUCCAGUGCCAGGCUUGAGAAAAAGCAAAGUACAUAUGCUGGAAAUUCUAAUGCACCAUUUGAUAUAUUCUAGUUCGCAAGCUUCGGCAGUAAAAGCAGCCCUAUGGGCUCUGCAAUUUUGUGACAGGAAAUUCUUGAUAUAAAUUCCAUUCAACUUUUUUUUU